AUGGGAAUGAGGGGAUGUUCUGAGAUCUGGCUUUUACAAAGCAAUCCAGAAGCUCACUCCAAGUUUUUAUUUUUUGAAGAAAAUGCACUCUUGAUUGUAUAUACAUCUUUUUUAGUGCUUCUAUGGGAUGAUCUUGCUCGGAAGUUUGUGUCUGAGUUUACUUUUUCAUCACCUGUUUUAUCACUAAGAUUGAGAAGAGACAAGAUGUUUGUUGCACUGAAAACCCAAAUUCAUGUAUUCAGCUUUCCUAAUAAUCCUAAAAAGUUGUUUACAUUUGAUACGGGUGGUAACCCUAGAGGACUUUGUGAAGUAAGCCCUUUUCCAAGUUCUGAAAGGCAGCUUCUUGUAUUUCCAGGUCAUUAUUCUGGCAGUGUACAGAUAGUUGAUUUAGCCAAAAUCCACCCUGGGAGCACUGGUGCUCCGAUAACUAUAAACGCUCAUACUACAGAUGUUGCAUGUAUAGCAAUAAAUCACCAAGGUACAUUAAUAGCCACGGCAUCUAUAAAGGGGACGUUAAUUAGAGUAUUUGACACUAAUAAGAAGGUUAAGUUAAUUGAAUUGCGCCGAGGUUCUGAUCCAGCAUCUUUGUAUUGCAUAAAUUUUAGUUGUGAUUCUGAACUCCUUUGUGCAUCUAGUGAUAAAGGAACUAUUCAUAUUUUCGCUCUAAAAAAUUCUCACCUUAAUAAAAGACUGGCAAUUUCCAGUGCAGCCAAAUGGAUUGGACCCUAUGUUGAAUCUCAGUGGGCUUUUGCUACUUUUGCUGUUACACAAGAGAGCAAAUGUAUCUGUGCCUUUGGAUCCAAUUCUUCUAUCUAUGCUGCUUGUAACGAUGGAACUUUUCAUAAGUAUGUGUACACAAAUGAUGGAAGUUGUAAUAGAGAAUCAUAUGACGUAUUUUUAAACUUAUGUGAUGACGGAGAUUUUUAGAAAUGUGUGUGAUAAGUACUGAAUGAAUCUCUUGCAAGUACAAGUGCCUUGCAAGGAAUUGUUUUAAAUUAAAUGUGUGUUUUUAGUCAUAUUUACUUUUAUGGUAAACAUUUCUUAUGUAAAUGAAAGAGUUUGGAUAUGUUUGUUACUUAAUAAGUGAUUGUGUUUGCAUAUAAAUGUGAUUUUUAUAUAAUCAAAUUGCAGCUUGUGUAUGAAAUUGUUUCGAGACUGUAAACAAAUCUGAAAAUGAAGUUGUAUGUUAAUGUAUUCUGCUGUUAAUCAAAAUUAAAUUUUGAAAAAUUAAAAGAAAUUUCUUAAGGGCGUUUCAAUUCAGAAUCGGAGGAUAUUAUUAUUUUUUUAAUCCAAUAAAUGUUUUGAGAUUA